UAGCUUUUUUAAUGACGAUAUAUUCUAAACCAUGCUGCCAAUAUUUCUAAAUACAUUCAUCGAUAACUAGUCGAACUUUGCACCUGUUUCGAUAGCAAAGUAUUGUCAUUGACGGUGUCAUUUCAAUGUUGUGUGCAAUUGUCAAGCUUAACGUUGAUCCUGUUAAAUAAUUUGUAUCACAAUUUUCUCAACAUGCCAACAAUGGAAUCUGAGACCGCGAUGUCGCCGUUAGAGUAUCAGGAGCAGGAGCAGGAGAAAAUCGAGUUGAUUGACGACGACAAGAAGUUGAAAGAGAAGCAAAAGAUGUAUCAGAAACUGAGGGAUACCGAAUGCAGAAAGUCAUCCAUGUCGGAGAAGCACAGCGAUGAAAACGAGGAAAGGUCGAAGGAAGUGCUUAAGGAGUCUUCUGACCCAUCGACCCAACCGGAUGAAGAGUGUUUGAUUCGCUCUCGCAAGCGUCGCUCGGACUCUCCGAGAACCGAUUGCACGCCCUCAAAAAUGGCGCCAGCAGAAGAAGCAUUCCAAUAUGAUCUUGACUGGGAACUGCAUAAAUUUACAGCGGAUGUUGAGCAGACAAAGCAGGAGCAACAGGAAGAAGAUGAGGAACAAACACAGCGACCAGAAGGCUGGAUUUACGAUCUAAUCUCUCAAUACGUGAGCACAAAUAUGUCGACGACAUCGACGUCGUUCUUUGCCAACUAUUGCGCCGCUGAAAAGUCGAAGAGUUUUGCACAACUAAACGAAGAAGAGCUCUUCGGAGAAGACAGCGACAGCGAGAACAAACCAAAGCCGACGGUUAAGCCCAAGAAGUCCGAAGAAGUCUCCGAACACCUCUUAGGAGAAGACAGCGACAUCGAGAACAAACCAAAACCGAUGGUGAAGCCCAAGAAGUCCGAGGAAGUCUCCGAAGAGCUCUUCGGGGAAAACAGCGACAGCGAGAACAAACCAAAGGCGAUGGUGAAGCCCAAAAAGUCCGAGGAACUUCUCCACAGCGAAUCGAAAGCAAAUCAACUACAGCAGCAGCAGCAGCGGAAAGAACAGCAGCAGCUGCAACUGCAGUUGAAGUACGAAACGUUGCACGAGAAGCUUUCCCAAAAACAUGAAGACAUGCUCAAGAACUUUCAGCAGAUGCUAAUCAAAUUGCUGCGCGAAGUCUCAGUCGAGAUAACCAAGGAAUUGUGCGGACAACAACCGAAGCAAGAAACGUUCAAUCUGAAUAAACUUGAUGAGACUUGGUGUUUGCCAUAUGGCAGCGAUAGCAAGGUGAUUGUCAAUAGCAGCAAGGAGGGCAUCAUGAGCAUCAGGGUGGAGCCCCUAAUGCCAAUGAAGUUGAGGACAUCCAGGACGAGACGAAGCGAGAGGCGGGAGGAUGACUGCAAACCGCGUACGGAGCAAUGGUGCUGGGAUAACGCGAUCGAACAGCAAUCGAUUGAAAAGCAGCCGAUCGAGCAGCAACCGAUCGAACAGCAACCGAUCGAACAGCAAUCGAUCGAUCCGGAAUCGUUAGCGGAACAACAGCUGUAUAAAGGGCCAACGGAGCACGACUAUUGUCGCCAGCUAGCAUCUGACUAUGUUAACGAUAGCGAGGAUCAAAGCAAUGAUGAUGGCGAUAAUAACGUCGAAGCUAACAGAAAUAACAAUAAUACGAAUGCUGUGGAGGUGGAAAACCCAUUUGAUGUGUAUAACGAUCAUAUUGAGAGCGAUUGGAAUAAUCUUCAUUCUGUCGACAAUACGGUUGCUGUGGACAUGGAAUUGGAUUCCGACUGCGGAUCCAAUUGGAGCGGAUCGAAGACCUUGUGCUCCGAUAAGACAGACUCAACGCUGCAGCUGGAGAUCUCGGAUCGCGAGUAUCAGCGACUCUUGCAGCGCAGUCGCAUCGAGUGCUUUGAGCAUCAGCAUAAACUGGAUAUGGAAGCUCGAUCUAGCCAAAUGUACGAGCAGCUAAUACACAAUACGGAGGAUCAUUGGCAGACUCAACCUACCAAAGCUAAAGAAGAUGGCGAAUGCGAAGAGGAAUAUUAGGGAUUAGCUAAUAUGCGAAUAUAUUAUAUUCUAAAUAUUGUAAAUGACUUUAACGGGUUCUUAUGACACCAAUCCAAAAUUUUGAACUCAUUACAAGACUGAAACAUUGAAAACGAAUUUAAUACAUUCAAUUUUAGAACCUUGCUGAGAAAGGUUUUUCAAAUUAUAAAAA